GAAAACACAACUCCACCUGCCACAACUUCAGAAAACACAACUUCACCUGCCACAACUUCAGCCACCACAACUACAGCAAACACAACUUCAGCAAACACAACUUCAGGAAACACAAUCCCAAACACGUCCACAAAUGCCUCAAACACAGCUCCAGUAGCUGCAGUAUACAGCUUGGUCUUUAGCGUCAACGAACCCUUUGUUUCAGCGCUGGCCAAUAAGAACUCUCCAGAGUUUUUAGCUAAAUCUGAAUUCAUCCGUAAGCAGCUUGAAGCAUAUUACAGAGCAAUCUUCACAAACUUUAUCAGGGCAAUCAUUCAUGGUUUCAGCAAUGGUUCAAUUGUGACAAACUCCAGCCUUGAAUUUAGUGACAACGGCACAAUCCCAACUAAAUCUACAAUAGAAUCCAUCCUCGUUAAUUCAACUACCAACUCAAGCUUGAAUAUUGUUCCAGAUUCUAUAAGUGUCAGCCAGGUUCUUGUGAACAACACACCUACAAACACCAGCACACCUACCACCAUCUCUCCAGCAAACACAACUUCACCCAUCACAACUUCAGAAAACACAACUUCAUCCACCACAACUUCAGCAUACACAACUACAGCAAACACAACUUCAUCCACCACAACUUCAGCAAACACGACUUCAGCAAACACAACUUCAUCCACCACAACUUCAGCAAACACAACUACUGCAAACACAACUUCACCCACCACAACUACAGCAAACACAACUACAGCUAAUACAACUUCAUCCACAACAGCUUCAGCAAACACAACUACACCCACCACAACUUCAGAAAACACAACUACAGCAAACACAACUUCAUCCACCACAACUACAGCAAACACAACUACAGCAAACACAACUUCAUCCACCACAACUUCAGCAAACACAACUUCAGCAAACACAACUUCACCUACCACAACUACAGCAAACAUAACUACAGCUAAUACAAUGUCAUCCACCACAGCUUCAGCAAACACAACCACAGCAAACACAACUUUACCCACCACAACUACAGCAAACACAACUUCAUCAACCACAACUUCAGCAAACACAACUAUAGCAAACACAACUUCACCCACCACAACAAACACAACUACAACAGCAAACACAACUUCAUCCACCACAACUUCAGCAAACACAACUACAGCAAACACAACUUCAUCCACCACAACUUCAGCAAACACAACUACAGCAAACACAACUUCUUCCACCACAACUUCAGCAAACACAACUACAGCAAACACAACUACAGCAAACACAACUUCACCCACCACAACUACAGCAAACACAACUACAGCAAACACAACUUCACCCACCACAACUACAGCAAACACAACUACAGCAAACACAACUUCACCCACCACAACUACAGCAAACACAACUUCAUCCACCACAGCUUCAGCAAACACAACUACAGCUAACACAACUUCACCCACCACAACUACAGCAACCACAACUUCAUCCACCAUAACUUCAGCAAACACAACUUCAUCCACCACAACUUCAGCAAACACAACUACAGCAAACACAACUACACCUACCACACCUACAGCAAACACAACUUCUUCCACCACAACUUCAGCAAACACAACUUCACCUACCACAACUUCAGCAAACACAACUUCAACCACCAGCGCAACUACAACCAUCUCUACAACAAUCAUACCUACAACACCACAAAAUGCAACUGCUAUUUUCAACUUGACCUUCAGCAUAAAUGAAACCUUUGAUCCGGCACUGGCCAAUACCAGCUCCUCACAGUUUGCAAAAAAAUCUACAUAUAUCCGUAAUCAGGUUGAACCAUUGUACAAGAAAGAAUUUAAAAACUUCAUUCUCAUGCAAAUUAUAAAGUUUAGGAAUGGUUCUACUAUUACAGAAAGUAACCUUUAUAUGGAUUCUAGUGCCCCAAAUGUUACUCUAACCCAAGUGAAAGACAUCUUUCUCAGUGGACUCACAAACUUCAACUUUUCGGUUAUUCCAGACUCCAUCACAGUCAAUCAGAUUGGUAAUUCAGUUCCACCCGUGAUUGCCAGCUCAGUCUCCAUGAUGUGGAUGUCUCUUCUAACACUUCUCUUUUCAUUGGCCUUGCACGUCUAGCUCUAGAACCUAGCAGAAAAUAUACACAAAUUACCUAUAUGUAUUCAUAUAUUUAAUAAUUCAUAAGAUAGAGGGAAUACAAGGAAAUAUUUAAUUCAUGUAAACAAAAAUAUCUUUACAUACUGAUAUUCUGAAUUGUUGAAAUGGGAGACUAAAUGAGAGUUUUGAUUAGCCUGAAUAAUUCUCCACAUUCCAACAGUCCCACAAUGAUUCCUUUCACUUAUAUUUACUAUAUAUUAUAUACUAUAUAUUUCCUUUCAUUUAUAUUUAUUAUAUUCACUUAUCUACUUUAACUUUUUUGUAAUAAUUGUGUAGUUAAAAGUAUAAUUAAUAUUGUACUAUACUGUGCAUUAUAUUUUCUUAAGACUGGAAAGAAGAUAAAUUGACAUAUUGCUAAUGAUUUAUUUAUGAAUAUAAACAAUGUUUUAAAAGAACAUAUCAGAUAA